UCGGAAUCAGUUGACGGAACUUUGACACCCAGCGCGCGCAGUCUCUGUGUGGUCCUGCUCUGGGUUCUCUUGUUUCAAUGUUAUAUCUAUUUAAUCGUUAUUUUUAUAAUAACAAACUCCAACGUUAAAUAGAUUACUUAUUGCACCAUAGCGCGCUGUUAAAAGUCGCGACCGCAAAAUAAUACAGUGAUUGUUGGAAGCCCUGAUGAAGAUUCUUUGAAGCGGUUGACUGUUCUCUAGAAUAUUAUUACUUAACUCAUCUCGCAAUUAUGAGCGAUCAGUUUAUACCAGGAGUUGGAAAUGAGGUUAUUGCGUUUAUAGCAUGUGUCUUGGUGGCUGCAUUUACGUUAUUGGUAUUAGUAUGCAGGUCCUCCAGAAGUAGACCUCAGACAAGUGUACAAAGUGUGGACAAUGGUCAAGCAGAAAAUGUGGAGGUGCCAGCUGUGUUCAAUAGAGACACAUGUCCAAUAUGCUUAGGUGAACACAUAUUACCAGCAGAAACAAAUUGUGGGCAUCUCUUUUGUGGAAUUUGUAUUCGUCAGUAUUACGAAAUUUCAAAUGUUACUGUGAUGACAUGCCCGCUUUGUCGAAGCAAUGUCAAUAUGCUGUUUAUUAUGUUUACAAAUGCUGAGAAGGAAGAUGCUUCCUUAGAAGAAACAAGACAAAUUAUUUACACAUUUGUUGAUGAAUAUAAUCAAAGAUGUUUACUUAUUCGUAGGACAUUAGUGCAAGUAAUCCUUGACUGGCCCACAACUAUGCGACAUCUAUGGAAUGAGCUUUUUUCUAUUAAUGGGCUUAUGUAUGUAACUCGUGCUCCCAUCAGUUUGUGUGUUAUUGCAGCUGUAGUGUACAUUUUAUCACCUUUGGAUAUUAUACCAGAGGCAGUGUUUGGUCUGUUAGGAUUACUUGAUGAUCUCUUUGUGAUAUUUCUUAUUGGACUAUAUGUUAGUGUAGUCUACAGGCGGCUAGUAAUAAUGCGAGGAGCUGCUGGAAAUCAUUUAUGAAAUUACAACACAGUCUGCAUUUACUGUGUGCAUUAAAAUUAUUUAGAGGCAUGUCUUCUAAAUAUUGGAAGGAAUAAAUUGUGAUCUAUUUUUAAAUGCUCAAUAGGUGAUGACUGGUUCAGUGUUCAAGCAUCUUUUUUUGGCAGGGGGGGGGUGAUAAUGUGCAUAUUAUGCUCUGUAAACAAGCUAAAAUUAUUAUAUUAAUUCUAACUGAAGUGUUGCAUUGUGACAGUAUGGUACUGCCGAGUGUGAGUGUUGCAUAUGUUGACCGUGUUUCAUUUCAUGUUUCUGUUUUAAAGAAGCAUUUUUACCUACUAAUUGAGUUUUAAAUUACCUCCUGUCAGUUAAUAUGUGAUAAAAGGUUAAAGGUUAUCAGACAUUUACUAAAAGCAAAAUGUCUUAAUUGGUGAUAUAAAUUUCAUGGAAAUUAAAAUUAUUAUUAUUAUUAUUAACAACAUUCAGGGGGUCUUGAAGUGUGUUUGUGUAAAAUAUUUAAUUUCAAAGGAAAGUUGAGGUAGCAAUUUUAAAAAUAAUAUUUGUCUUUACAGUAAAUUUUAUUACUGAAAAUAAUAUAUUAACUGGUAAGAGUCACUUGUGAUUACUGCAUGCAGUGUGUGCCUUAUUUCAAUAGCUGUGCAAGAAAAUCUUGUUAACCCUAGAAUACUAAUGCUUAUUUACUCAUGCUAAAUACUAACUCUACAUCAAAUUUACAUACACAAUAAAUGUUUUAAUGGAAAUUUUCUCAUAGAGUUUUACAUAAAUUGGUGUUGCAUUUAAUAUUUACUUAAUAAACAUCUUUACAAAGCAACGACAAAAUCCUCCUCCUCAUCAAUUCAAUUGCAGUACAGUAUCAGAAAGGCAAUAUUAUUACAGUGACAUGACUGGGAAAUUUGUGUUCGUAUGCAAGAAUGAAGUUGUCAAAAUUCACUGUUGUCAAAAUUCCACAAUUUCUUGAGGUUAUCCGCGCUUUAUUUCUAAUUAACCAGCUUCCAUAUCAAAGUUAUCUACGAUGUUUUAUUUGUCCCCUAUUGUUGAUUUCAUCUUUUCCUUCAUUGUGAACGUAUAGCAACACACUACGUUCAUAUAAAAUAUAUGAAUUCUAAAUUUUUGUUAGAAAUUCUCUUAGUAUAAAGGAAUUCCGAAUCUGUAAAAUGUGUUGAGAGAUGUUCACCAAUACUAACCCUGGAAUACUAGUGGUGAGUAAAAUUUACUUAGUGGCAUUCCUGUCAUGGGAGGCUGAGAGUCCAUCCCCAAGUCGAAUAUUUACUCAUUAGAUGUUCAUGUAAUUUCAGUGUUAUUGUAUUUGUUUUCGUACAGUAAGCAAGAGUAAAUGUACUCUCAACUCUAGUAUUAAGGUGCCUGAUACUGUGGGAAACUGAUAGCUAGUCGCUUAAAAUAGUUGUUAAGCAGUAAUCUAAAAAUAGCUUCAAUGUUUAAUUAGUAUUUCUGGAGUGUUGUAAUAAAGUUGUCUAGUGAUAUUAUAAUUAAUUACAACCUUUCCCUUCUAGAAAUUGUUCACUUCUGAAGUGAGUAAAUUUUACUCAUCGCUAGCAACCGGUAAACUUCAACACUAGUAUUCAAGAGCUAAGGAUGCAUGUAUUAUACACAAAUGGAAUAGAAUUAAAUUAUAUGUUGAUAGUAUAGUGUAGUGAUUACACCAAAACCUUAUGCAAUCAAUAGAAAAUUUACUAUCACAGGCAUCUCAAAACUAUUUAGCAAACACUGCCAGGCACACAACUUUCAAUGGCAGUGAAUUUCAGAAAUGUAACUAAUGAAACUGUAGUAUGCAUAGUUAGUAUUCUAGGGUUAUUACAUGUGAAAUGUUCUCAUCAAAUUUUCUUCAAUGGUUAACGCUCAGAUAAGUGUUUAAGAGUUGCUUGUACCACUGAUGUUCUUCUGGUGAUUCUUUGAUAACCACCAUUGCUAUUUCUUAAACAUUGCUUUAAUUUUGUUUUCAAUUUCCUGAAAUGUGCGUAGUUAGUUCAGGACUGUUUUGUGGGAGUAUGGAUUUUAUGUCUAAAGAGAAAUGAAUAUUUUAUGGUGCUGAACUGAAGAAAGAGAUUUCUUAUACAAUGUAGCCAUGGAAUUAUGAAUUAGACUGAUGGACUGACUAGACAUUUUGUUUAUUAAUAAUUUGAAAUACAUUGUUAUAAAUUAUAUAACAUAUUUAAAAACAUGUUUGUAAAUACCAAUACAAUUUGUUUUUGUUUUUCAAAGAUCAAUAAAGUUGAUUUUACCAAAAUAUUUUACUCACAAUUUUCUAAAGAGAGAUACAAAAUUGUCAAGUUUGACCAAAAACACAUACAGUAUGUGGUUAUAAGUGUGUGUACAGGUUCAUAUUGAAGUGAUUUAAAACUAAACUUAAUUUUGUCAUAUUUGUAAUUGUGUAUGGAUUUAGUCAUUUUUUUACUAUUCUCUGAAAUUCACCCAGGAACCAUGAUGUAUAGUUGGUAUGUAGUGUCACAUAUAUUCAAUGUACAAUUUUGUAUUAUUAAGUUGUAAAGCAUAGAUUUUCCAUAAAAUUUAAUUCUUGGAAUUUUAGUGUUGAGCAUUUACAAGUAAUACAAACCACUUUUUUUCAAACAAUGAUUUUCAGUUAAUUUUCAUACUUUUUUGAACAUUGAUUUGAUGUGGUUGCCCAACUCAUGUUAUAGUUACUUAUAUCGUCCAGUUAGGUUAGCAGUAUCACAACUAUUUUGAAUUAAUAAAGAUGUGUGGAGGAAAUUUUCUCAGUGUGAGUUUGGAAAUAAUGUAUAGAUUUCAUGAGUAAGGUGUUUCGAUUUUAUUCAACAGAAUUUAAUUAAGAAUCUUGAGCUUUGCUUCAACAAGCACCUUUAUUACUAUCACCAGCCUGCACCAUUUCAUAAAAG